AUGUACGAGACGGACCUGCAUGUGCCGAUGAUGAUCAAGGCGCCCGGCUACUCCCCAGCGCGCGUUCCGGCUAUGGUGGAGAACAUCGACCUCUACCCGACCAUCCUCGACCUCAUCGGCGUCCCUGCGCCGUCGCACGUGCAAGGCACAUCACUGUACCUCGACAGCGACACAAUCCGUUACGAGGACGAGCAAUUCUCCGAGUACUGCAGCCACACUUGUUGGACCAUCGAUACGUGCAGGCAGUCGUGCAGGGAGAACUUGAACCGCGCCGACGAUCCCUCCUACUCAAGGAAGGUGACUCAGAUGCGAAGCGACUUGCAAGCUCACAAGAAGUCGCGAGGGUCACCGGGCUACGGCUUUACUACGUACUGGAGUCGCUGGCUAGCAGCGAGCUCGGCAUUCUUACCCGAGCCGCGAGCCAACGAACUCUCUCUCUUGCACACUUCCGUCGACGUACUGGUCGUAUGUGUCGAUAAUGUGAGCGACCCAGAUAAUACGGGCCUGCCACGGUACAUCUGCAGCUGCAGCUGA